UUAAGCUAUGUUGAUAGCCAUAAAAGAUUAAGUCCUGAAAUGGAAGAAUUUAUCAAAACUGUUAUGGAAUGUCGGAAGGUUCCUGGAUUAACACUGACCGUUGUUUUAGAUAAAACCGAAUUGUCUCAAGGAUAUGGAUUAUCCGAUGUGAAGACGGGUCGGAAGGUUGAUGAUGAAACAUUGUUCUGUAUUGGUUCAUUAACAAAAUCGUUUACUACAGCAUUGUUAGCGGAUCUUUUAGUGGAUAAAACUCUCAACAUAGGAUCUUGUAAUUGGGAUUUAAAAUUAAAAGAUAUCCUACAAGAUUUCCAAUCAGCUGACGACUACAGAACAUCUGAGAUGACUUUAAAAGAUAUACUGACUCAUCGUUCGGGUUUAGAGUCUAUUGACUUUGGAAUUCAUGUGGGAUAUCCGACCAUUACCCGAGAACAGCUGUGUCGGAAGCUUAAACAUCUUAAAGAGUUACAUUUAUUUAGGGACCAGUUCAGCUACAAUAAUUUAUUAUAUAUGCUGGCUGGGCAUGUAGCUGAAGUCAUCGGCAAUGACACUUGGGAGCAUCUAAUACAAACAAGAAUUUUUGACAAGUAUAAUAUGGUGUCUACGGGAGUUUAUGAAGAUUCGUUAAUGGCGAAAAAUACAGCGAUACCUUAUAUAUAUGACUCGAAUGAAGAUAAUCUUUAUGAUGUACAGAAUUUAACAAAAAUGUAUCCAGCUGAUCCAGCAGGCAGUAUAUUUACCAACUCAAAAGAUAUGAAAAUUUGGCUGUCACAUCUGUUAAGCUUAUUUGAUGAACCCUCGGACUCGGAAUAUUGCCACCAUACCACAUUCAAUAAAGUAAUAACGGCUUCUGAUUACGGUGACGUUUUCCAGAAAUAUAAAGCUCCCGAAUUAGAAGUUAAAUAUCAUGCUUGUGGUUAUGCUCUUGGGUGGUUCGUAUCUAACUAUAAAGGAUAUGAGAUAAUAACACAUAAUGGUGACAUCUAUGGGUAUAGUUCCCUGAUAGUACUGAUGCCAAGUAUUAAAUUUGCUCUAUAUGGAAACACAAAUGGUCCCGGCGGAGAGGAGGGGAUUAUCGCUUUGCAUCAGAUAGCAUAUUACAUGUUAGAUGUUUUUGCCCUUCACGAAACUCCAGCGACUAAUAUGUCUACGGCCUGUGCACAUCCGAUGGCUUUUCCUUACAAUUAUACGGACGUGUUGGUGGACAAAAGUGGACAUGGUAUUCUCAAUCCGGAAAGAUAUACCGGUAUAUAUGGGCAUCCUAUUAUAGGAGAAUUGACAAUAGUAUAUCUUAAAGACGAAGACAUUUUAAUGUGCAGUAUGGGAUACAAGUUUAAGGGCUAUAUGUUGAAGGGAAAUGAUAACAUGUUUUUUAUUAGUCCAGAUGGAGUCAUAAAAUAUCUUUAUGAAAUUAGAGGAGGGCAAGUUGGUUUGUUUUUCGACAAUACGACCAUGACUAAAGAUGGUUUAUUUGAAAAUGUAACAUUACAAUUUAGCAUAUCAGGAUAUGAAUUCAGUCGAAGAAUUCGAUUUUCAACCGAGGUGAUAAAUUCUUCAUCGAGUUUGACUGACGUUUCGUGGGUGUUUCUAGUUCUUUUUGUCGUGUUUUACAACGUUUUUGACAAAAACUGAUGACGGUUUGUCAAUGAAAUUAGGAUGGUUACAAAUAAUUUCCAAUAUCUUCCACAUUUCUAUUUUUUUGACGUUAAUUAAACUACUGGGGUAACUGGCUCAAUAAAUGUACUAUUUUAGUCUACAGUCGACAUUGACAUAGUUCAAUAUUAUGCUACAUUAACUAAUGUUCUUUGUUAUGAGACACGCACGUCGCGCUCUACGAAAUAUUCCCAUGGUUAAAGACGCCCUCGUAAUAUCUGCAGGUUGACUAUUGAAUUUUCUUUUACUGAUACGGCAUUCCAGAACAAAUUUCAGAAUCGAUUAUCGAGAUUUCAUUGAGUUUUUGUCCGUCUUAUUGAGCCUUGUAAGUACUCAACACGUCAGACGAUUUUUCUUCUUUGAAAGGCACCGGAAUUGUAAAAUAUUCUGGAAUUAAGCCGUUUGUCAUAAAUAGAAGAAAAUAGCGAAUUUUGGAAAAAGAAACUUCCUGAAAUUGUGCAGUUAGUACAAAAUGGCAGCCCAUAAGAAAUUCAGACUCAUCUAUUAAUACCCGGUAACCAAUAUAUAUAGAAAGAUUUGAUGGGAUUGUUUAGUUUGUUAUAAAUUGAAAUCCGACAAUGUUUUAUAUUGCGUUACGGUGAGUUAUUGGCAUACUCGAGUUUGACCCUUGCAUUCACCCUAUAAGUCUGGGUUUUUCAGAUUAUUUUAGGAAUCCCUGGCAUUGUGUGUCUAGUAGGUUCGGACAUUUAAAACUUAAUGCCCAGUUACUGUUCUUGUUAUAGUAACAUUUUGUCUUCUUUAGAUUGCCGUUUUUCUCUGCCACAAGAGUGAAAAUGGCUUAUGACAAAUACUGGAUGACAUAAUAUAAAAAUAUAUGCAAGUAAUAUUAUAGUUCAAGUAAUAUUCAAACCCAAUUGACAACAUUUCAUUGCAGAUUGUAUCAACAGAUUUAGUAAUUGAACUAGAAAUACAAUGAAAUACAAUUAUUAUUUAUUAUUCAGCAUUGUUGUUUUCGUUGUUUACAUGUAUAUAAUGCUUCAUGAUUUUUAUACGUUCACAUUGAAAUGUGGUCAUACAUAAUAUUGUCAACCCCGUCUGUCCGGCGUAAACAAUUGCUUGUAGACGCUCUAGAGGUUAAAGUAAUCAUCCAAUUGGCUUUAAAUUUAUACACAUUGUUUAUGGUCAUGCGAAUGAGACGAUUUUCAGCGAAUUAUGAUAAUUACCGCCAGAGUUAAGGCCCUUGGCCACUUUGAAUAUCUUUUGGAUGUCUAGAGGUUAAAUUGAUCAUCUGCUUGUCUAUAAAUUUAUGAUCAGGUGGCGAAGAAGUCUAUUUAUUGUCAGUAAUUUCCGAUAAUUACUGCUAGAUUGUUUGCCCUUGGUUACUUCGAAUAAUCUUUUAGAUGAUCAAGUUUAUAAAUUUAGUUUUCAAGUGCCUUUAUUUUUAUGAAAUGUAGAAGUAAUUUUGGAGUUAUUACUCUUGAUCACUUUUAAAGAUAAUGUGGACCAGCUAGUUAUUUCCCGACUAGUUUGAAAUUAAUAGUGUUAAUGUGAUGCACACUAUCAUUUUUUAAUGAUUUCAGAUAACUCGAACAGCUAAAUUUAUCAUCGUUACCGAUACAGGUUUUAUAUAAUAAAUGUUAGCGUCCGAAAGAACUAGAAGCCAAUCAAAUUAUUAUUAUUUCUGAUAAUUACAUAAUGGGUUGUUUCUCUUGGUUUGUUUUAAGUGGCUUUUAAAUGCCCACAUUACCUACCAAACAAUAAAUAUACAACCUUUGUGAACAUUACGGGUGACAUAGCUGUUGUGAGCGUAUGUUUUAUUGCCUGACAACCUAUCUUUUAAAAUUGUAUCAAUACUUGAUAAAAACUAGAGAAUUCUAGUCGAGACAAAGAAGUGUGUCCUGUUUAUAUAUUUCAAAUGUACACUGUCUCGCCUUUGAUUGUGCAUGACCGACUUGGCGACUCAGUUGUAUUGAAAAAAAUAAUUAGUUAUCAUUUGUAAAAUCAUUUUAAAAAACAAAACGAUGAACGGACGUUGCACAUCAUUUGUUUCCUUCCGUGUGACUGGGCAAUGUACAUCAUAUAUAUGUAACAGGUUCAAAGAUGUUUUAAAACACAUUUUCUGCUAGGUUAGACGCUUAUAGUUGUCUAGUUAUACUUAAAGUUUGUGUAUCAUAAGAUUCCCACGGUAAAGCUCAUGGGCAGUGUGAAGUUAGCUCAAAAUUCGUUAUUGGUGAACAACGAAAAACGAGUGUUACUCAUGAUUUACGUCUUGGCACAAAAAGCGUUCAACACAACGCUAACAUGAGACAAAGUUACCUCAGGACAAAGAUACGAACAUUAUCAUUAAUGUCAAUGGCAAAAUCUAUGAUGAACCAGACGCGUGACCGCCCCCCCCCCCUCCAUCCCCACCUCACCUCUGUUGGCUCCCACCAUAUGUUUCUUCUCCUAGUCCUACAUUCGGCGAGAUAACGUCGCACAAAUGUGCGAAGCACCGUUGCCGUAUUGGCCCCAUUCAACUCGAAUCUUAUUAUAUGUACCUAUA